AAAUCAGCAUUCUUUCCACUGUACUCAAAAUGGCCCUUAGCAAACUUGUAGCUCUUGGGUUUCUUGCCCUCUUAAGCAUUGGACUGUCCAGUGCUGCACGGGUAGCAAGAUACUCCACUGCUGAAGGGAAAGGAGAGGGACAGGGAGAGGGUAUUGCAUCUGGGAGUGGUUCUGCUUCAGGAUCUGGGGAUGGCUUUGGGUCAAGUGACUCUAGUGGCACCGGUGGCAUGUAUGGGAUAAGUAGGGCCCAUGCUAGAGCCGGAGGCGGAGGCAAUGGUAGUGGAGGUAGCGGAAAUGGCGGAGCUGCAUCUGGUUCUGGUUCGGGCUCCGGCUCUAGCUCAAGUUAUAGCAGGGGUGCUGGAAGAGAGUGGCUUUCUGGUGGAUAUGCUAAUGCCGGAGGUUCAGGUGACGGGGCUGGUGCCGGACAAGGCGAUGGAAGUUCUAGUUCUACCGGUCAUGGGUAUGGAUCUGGAUCAGGCACUGGCUCUGGCACCCGAUAUGAUGAUCGUGGAUAUUAUGGGGGGCACUCAGAGGCGGUUGGUGGUGGUGAUGGCAAUGGUGGAGGUAAUGGGCAAAAUGGUGGAUAUGGCAAUGGUGAAGGUAACGGACAAGGGUUUGGAAAUAGCGGCUACGGAUCAACAUCCCCCUAAAACCCGAUGCUUUCGGAUUGGAUCAAACCUGAACUUAAAGCCUAUCACAGUUGGUCAUUCAACUUAUUGUUCUAAUAUAAUAAUGUAUCUUCUAUUUUUUUCUUCAAAAUUAGUCUUUUUAAUGCAUAAGGGAGCAAGAAAUAAACGGAAUUGUUCUU